CUUUAUUUCCUGCUUUUAGUACAAACACUGGCAUCAGACAUCCUUUCUUUUUGCGCUGAGCACAUUAUUUAUUUAUAUGUUGUAUAGUGUGGUCAUCGCAUCAUAUUAGUUGAUACUAUCAGGUUUUUCCUCCUCAACUCUCAACCUACAAAAUCAUGUGGCCUGAAAUUCAGACCGCUAAGGAUGAAAACCGACGUGAAUUGAAGCUUUCGGGUGCCGUCGUCCGAGAUCGCUUUGAAGCCGACGAUGGCCGUUUGGAUGAAACUAUCUACCAGCUGACGACUCUCAACUUACUGGACAUUAACGAUACGCCUCUCGGGGAGAUAUCUCCCAAGAUAGGGGAGCUGAAAAAUCUGCAAUCCCUGCUCUUAUUCCGAAACAAAAUUAGCACGAUUCCAGCGGAGCUUGGACAACUUUCGUCGCUGAAGGUGUUGGAUUUGUCCGGGAAUCAGAUUGAAUCUUUGCCGGUGGAACUGGGUCAGUUGAAGCUACUGACCACGGUCAACUUUUCCGGCAACAAGCUGACCCGGGUUGAUUUAAGUCAGUUUGAAUACCUGAACGUCUGUAAUUUGGCGGCUAAUCAACUUGAGGAAUUCCCGAUGCUUUAUUGUGGCAAGGAUGUACAUUAUCUAUCUGAGCUGAACUUGGAGAAAAACCGAAUCAAAGAAAUUCCAGCUAGUUUGACAAAACAAGCCGGACUUAAAAACUUGAAUGUCGCAGAGAACAAGAUUGAAUUAGUUCCACAGCUCCUGGUGAAAUGUCCAAAAUUAAAAGAAAUCAAUCUCAAGGAUAAUCCAUUGAAGGACAAACGUCUCAAAAAGCUUGUGGACCAGUGCCGUAGCAAACAGGUACUGGAUUACGUUGAAAAGAAUGGUCACAUCAUAGCGGAGCACAACGAAUCUAGUGUCGCCGACAAUCGUGAUUCGGCCAACAACGAGUUGGAACUGCCAGUGCCAGUCGAACACCGUCAAAAAGUUACCAUUAUCAUUCCGGCUAACGAGGCGCGCAAAGUAUUCAUCAGCCAAGAGGCAAAAUCAAUUCGUCCCUACGUGCUCAAUUGUAUUGUCCGAAACUACACAAUCAGUAGCAUGAAGAAGUUCCUUCAGCUGCAAAACGAACUACAUGACAACGAAUGUGGCAAGCGCGAGCUAGCAACAAUCGCCACGCACGAUCUGGCCAAAGUAAAGGGCGAUGUUCGGUGCCAAGCUGAUUUAUCGGAGCAGAUUCAGAUCACACCGCUAGGGGCGAAAGCUAAAGUAACUGCCGCAAAGUAUUAUGAUGACCUGAAACAGCAAGCCGAAAUAAUUCGGAAGGAGAAAAAGCGAAGCACCUAUUCCGGAGUUCACAAGUUCAUCAAUCUACUGGAGGGAAAGGUUUUCGUUUUCUUCGCCGACGAAGAAAAAGUAAUCAGUCUUCCUCCGCUAACGAACUGCGAUGAAACGAAGAUUUCGCCCGAAACCAAAGACAUGUUGCUGGAGGUGACCAGUUCUGUCAGCUUGGAAUGUUGCCACAAGGUAAUGGUUGAGCUGCUGAAAAAGAUGCUUCUGAUGGAUGUCCAGGUUACACGAAGUCGCACCGAAGGAAAGAAGAAAGUUAAGGGAAAGGGAACCACUGUUGUAACGUACGACCGGUCGAUUGAGAUGAUAGUGGAGCAAGUUCGGCUGCACUGUGACGAUGGAACGUUUCAUUCGGUGUUCCCCGGCAAGGGUGACCUCGCGUAUCCAGAGGAGGAGAAAAUCGACAUCGAGUUCAAGUGAGGUUAACUUGUAAGUUCAUCAUUCGAAUGUGAAUUCUUUAAUGAAAAAUGGAUUCAAUCCAGUUUGAUAUCGCCCUGUGAGAAUAAAGGUGCAUCAAAUGCCAUAGCGGAAGGA